GGAAUGAUUUUGCCAACGUACCCAGAACUGUUUCCACGGUUUCGCCAGAUUUGGGAGGUUGCGUGGCGGCGGCUUUUGGGAGCUGAGGCAACUGAGAUCUUCCCAGGCUGGUGUGAGCUCCUACUUGUCCCACGAUUUCAGGAAUCUAGUGGCCGCAAUGGCCCCGGUGUCGGGCUCGCGUACCCCUGAGGGCGUGGCCUCAAGCUCCGGGGGGAAGCGUCGCAGUCUGUCGAGGAGUCCCAAACCCAGCAGAGCCGUCCGCUCCCCGCGAGGCCACCACUCUCGCUCGCACUCUUGCUCUCGCUCCGGGGACCGGAAUGGCCUCAGCCAUCAGCUGGGGAGCCUCAGCCAAAGCUCCCGAAACCAGCCCUACCGCUCCCGCUCGCGGUCUCGCUCCCGAGAGCAGCCCUCUGGGCCCCGGGGCACCCCCUUUGCGUCUGGCUCCUCGUCCACCUAUUACGGGGGCUACUCGCGCCCCUAUGGGGGCGACAAGCCGUGGCCUAGCCUCCUGGACAAGGAGAGGGAGGAGAGCCUGCGGCAGAAGAGAUUAAGUGAGAGAGAGAGGAUUGGAGAAUUGGGAGCACCUGAAGUAUGGGGACUUUCUCCAAAGAAUCCUGAGCCAGACUCUGAUGAACAUACACCAGUAGAGGAUGAAGAGCCAAAGAAAAGCACUGCUUCAUCAUCUACUUCAGAAGAAGAAAAAAAGAAAAAGAAGAAGUCUAGUCGUUCAAAAGAAAGGUUGAAAAAAAGGAAAAAGAAAAAAUCAUCCAAAAGAAAACACAAGAAGUAUUCUCAUGACAGUGACAGUGACUCUGAUUCUGAAACAGACUCUAGUGAUGAAGAUACAAAAAAGAGAGCAAAGAAAGCCAAGAAAAAGGAAAAGAAGAAGAAACACAGAUCGAAGAAAUAUAAGAAAAAGAAGUCUAAGAAGAGUAGAAAAGAGAGCAGUGAUUCAAGCUCUAAAGAUUCCCAAGAAGAGUUUCUGGAUAAUCCCUGGAAGGAACGAUCAAAGCCCGAGGAACCCUCAGAUUUAAUUGGUCCAGAGGCUCCAAAAACACUUGCCUCUCAAGAUGAUAAACCUUUGAACUAUGGCCACGCUCUGUUACCUGGUGAAGGUGCAGCUAUGGCUGAAUAUGUGAAAGCUGGAAAACGUAUCCCACGAAGAGGUGAAAUUGGCUUGACAAGUGAAGAAAUUGCAUCAUUUGAAUGCUCAGGUUACGUAAUGAGUGGUAGCAGGCAUCGCCGAAUGGAGGCUGUGCGACUGCGAAAAGAGAACCAGAUCUAUAGUGCUGAUGAGAAGAGAGCCCUUGCAUCCUUUAACCAAGAAGAGAGACGAAAAAGAGAGAACAAGAUUCUGGCCAGUUUUCGAGAGAUGGUAUACAGAAAGACCAAAGGGAAGGAUGACAAAUGAGGAUGUUCUGGUUGUUUAGCAGACAUUUCUAACAACAAAAAGAGCAAAGUUUGGGUUCCACACAUACACAUAAAACGAUGAUGAUGAUCUGAGAGAGCUUUACAGUUAUUCUGUGCCUUCUAUUGAAUUCUUUCACUCCUUCAAUAAAAAACUGCUUACUGGUAUAACUUUAA